CUCUUAUUCUGUCCUUCACAUUGACUCAUCCAGCCAUCCCUCUCUCGCUCUCUCACUCUCUCGCUCUCUCACUUUCCCUCUCAAGUCACUCGCUGCCUCUCACUCUGGAUUUCUUCCCAUCCUCGUCUCUCUGAAUCCUAAUUACUGAGCUCUUUUAUUUUGCCCGUCUCACUCCAGUUGGCACUUCUUCUUCUUCUUCUUCCCUCUCCUACUGAACUCCAUCAGCUUUCUUUCAUCUUCAGUGCCAGGGCAGGAUUUCAGCUUUUCUGAUUUUUUUGGGGGGGGGGUUUACCAGCACAGGGAAUCCGAAGAGCUGCACGCUGGUUGGACUUUGGUGUCGCUUUAACUUCAUCAGCCUCCUUCAGCGAUGUCUGCUUUUCUGGGCUACACUCCAUCACGUUGGGUCACCCUCUGUCACCAGAUUCCACGAGUGGACUUCGGGCUGGAGGUCCGUGCAAGUACAUUCCGGCCAGCCGACUGGGAAUACCAGCAGACGCUGCUCCUGCUCUCCAGCCUCUCGGGAUUCGGCUUGCUGCUUUCUUUUCUCAUCAUCGUGUCCUACCUGAUCCGGCACUGCUGCUGCCGCCGGCGAAAAGGUGACCCCGACGGUGACUCCGAAGACUCGGACGAUGAGGACGACGACGACGUGCAUGGUGCACGGGGGCACAAGAGGGCCCGCCAACUCUGCUGCGUCACUUGGGGUACUGUAGGGGCAGUCAUCAUCUGCUGUGCUGCCAUUGGAAUAGGUUUCUACGGCAACAGCGAGGCUAAUGAUGGGAUGUACCAGGUGACCUACUCCUUUGCUACAGCCAAUCAGACCCUGAGCUCCAUUGACCUCUUGAUCUCCGACACGGUGGUCUUGCUCAAACGUGCCGUGUUGGACCCGCUGACUCGGCUGGAGGAAGCCUUCACCCCGGCCAACAACUUCAUUGCAGUGGUGCGCAGCACUCGCCGCCAGUCGGAGACAGUCAUCGGCCUGCUGUCUGAGCUGCCCCUCGAUGUCUCGCUGGGGUCCCAGUUGGCCGCUCAUCUGAACAACACCCUAAAUGACUUGGGUGAAACUGGUGCUGUGGGCAGAGUGGCCGAGAAGUUGGUCUUCAUAGAAGACUACAGGUGGUUGACCUUCAUCCUGCUCCUCCUCCUGGAUCUCCUUGUCUGCUUAUUCAUCCUUCUGGGUCUAGCGAAGCAGGCCCGCUGGCUGCUGAUCGUGAUGACCAUCUUCGCCUGGGUAUCUCUCAUCUUGAGCUGGGGAUCAUUGGGACUGGAAAGUGCGGCAGCAGUGGCCCUCAGCGACUUCUGCGUGGACCCGGACAGUUUUAUUCUGAACGCAACGCAGAUCAGUCUGGGCUCCAGUCCAGGUGCGUUGGAAUAUUACUUGACCUGUAACCAGGACCCCAGUGGCCCCUUCCAGCAGAGCCUGACUUACUGCCAGCGGCUGCUGUCCAACAUCCACUCCCAGCUGGACGGACUGGAGAGAGCGGCUCUGGCCGAGUUCCCCCUGGCUGAGAAAAGCCUCUAUGACGUGCAACGGAUUCUGAACACAACUGAGGGCAACUUCCACCAGCUGGUGGCUCUGCUGAACUGCAGGGGGCUCAACAAGGACUACACGGACGCUUUGAAAGGUCUCUGCUAUGACGGCAUGGAAGGUGUUCUGUAUCUCUGUCUCUUCUCCGUCCUCUCUGCUCUGUCCUUUACAGCCAUGCUUUGCACCCUUCCGCCCGCCUGGAGGCACAUCCACAAAAACUCGAGAGACUAUGAAGAGUCAGAAGACAGCAGCGAGGACCCCUUCGGCUCCCAUCAGGCACGUAGACAGACAGCCGUGAGCAGGGCAGGGCCAGGGGAGGUCCUGCCAGGUUUCUAUAAUUACCCGAGGGGUUGCUCGGCCCCGCCUCUUUCCACCGCCCCACCCCUGUCUCACUACACGACUCCAAACGCUUCCUUCAGUGGCGCUCGUCCCUAUGAGAGUCUCCCCUUCCUCGAUGGACAGUCGCCACCCCCUUCGGCCCCACUUUACUUUGCCUGAUUUGCACUUUUGGAGGGGUCCUUGCUGGUUGGAAUGCAUUAUGUGCUGCCAGUGGGAGGCGCUGCUCUACCCUAACUCCAGUAAGGCCAAGUGGAGCCGCUCUCCCGAAAACUGCCUGCUUUGCAGCUGAAGUCGUCCUGUUCCCGUCCCUGUCCCCCCCCACCCCGUCCCAGGAGGCCACAUUGGACCAAGGACUCACUGCGGAACAGCAAAACACGGCAGAGGAGGAGGCCAUCAAAAGAAAUAAAAAACUGGAAUAACCAGAGUGGCCAGCCUGGCCCAGAUGCCCACCGUCAAAGGCUCUCGUGAACCUCCGUUUCUUGAAGUAACACUGUGACAAAUGGACAUCGUCGCUGCCACCACUGCCAGGCCUGGACAACACUGAUGCCGCGUCUGUAACUGCCAGUUCAGCAUCGUCUCACCAACUGUGUAACACGUUUCCUUUGAAGGCCCUGAUACGCUCUGUAACAUUCUCGCCACA